AUGUCCCAAGAACCAUCGCCAGAAUUCGUACCCCAUGUAAUCGAGCUCACCUCGGCUACCGACGGUAACAUCGUCAAGGUCCACCUAUCGCCUGGUCGUGCAGAAGUCACUCGCGUCUACAAGUUAGCACUCGAAAUUGGGGUCAAUCAGAUUAAAAUCUCUGGUCUUCCUGAGGAAAUCGACGACACGAUAAGAGUCGAAGGGCGAGGAGACGCUACCAUCCAUGAUGUCUCCAUUACACCAACGCCUCUAGCUCCGUCAGAUCCUGCGACUGAGCGUGCAGUAGCGAGAGAAUAUCGGAGCGCGGAAAACGAAGCUAGGAGAUACAAGGACGCUUCCUUUUUCUUGGAGAAUUUUCUGCGCAAAGUGGAACUUGUGCCCUGCGAUCACGCCCAAAUCCCAAUGAUCCUGCGUACCUACGAGCACGCAAGUUCGAAGCUUGAUAAUCGGCUGAUUUACAUUGAGGAGGAACUGGAGAAACUACGGCUGAGCCGUACCCCACUGUCAUAUUUGAUGCCACUGACGGCUACUGUCGUUAUGUUCGCUGAGCAUGCAGGGGAAGCAGAAAUUGCGCUUGUUUACGCGGUGCCGAACGCUUCCUGGAACGCUACCUAUGACAUUCGCAUAGAUAUGAAAUCCGAAGAUGCUCCCUUCUCCAUCAGGUACAAGGCGGUGAUAUCCCAACGCACUGGCGAGAACUGGGACGGUGUACAGUUGACGUUGGACACUUUCACCCCCAAGCUUGACACAGGGGUGCCGUCUCUAGGGUUAUGUCGAUUAACGCCCGUGAUGGUUCAGCCCGCCCAUCCACGACAGUGUUCCCGAGAGCGCAGCCCACGCCGCGAUGUGGUGUGUAACUCUGAGCGCUAUCAGGCUCGUUCCCGUUCUUAUACCCCACCCCAUCGCCCUCCAAGGUCCAUGCCACACGCCACAGUCCCCGUGUCAGGCUUUGGAGGCCUUAAUGCGACGUACGAUGUCCCUGGCUUGAUCAGUAUCCCAAACGAAGCCCAGGCCCACAUUGUCACCAUUGCUGAGCUCGAAUUGGACGCGUCGUUUUCCUGGUUGGUUGUGCCGAAACUUGACCUCAGUGCACAUCUGAAAGCUCAAGUGAAAAAUGUCUCUGAAUAUACGCUCGUCGCUGGACCCACUAAUGUCUAUAUCGACGGGAGUUUCGUUGCCAGGUCGCGUAUACCGGACGUUAGCCCUCAAGAGAGUUUUGAGUGUUCCCUUGGCGUUGACCCUUCCAUCCGUGUUACCUACACUCCGUUGAGCAAGAAAGUGUCCUCUUCAGGUCUUAUUAACAAAACGGCCACAACUGCAUAUUCCAGACAAGCGACUAUUCGGAACACCAAAUCGAUAGUCAUCGAGAACCUGAAAAUUCUCGACCGAAUUCCUAUCUCGGAGGACUCACAGAUUGUUGUCAAGUUGAUCAAGCCUGCACUGAGCUUGUCGGAAUCGCCGCAGAGCCCUUCGGAAAACAGGGGCAUGCUGGACAAGGCCGGAGGGUACCAGUUCAAGACCGCUAAGUCAUCUAACACGCUAUUGAGAGUGGCUGAGAAUGUGAGCGCCCAGUGGGAAGGUGAAGACGGCGAAGACGGGACGGGGAAAGACGGGAGGAUAAGCUGGCUUUGUACGGUUCCACCGCAAGGAAAGGUUAGCGUCAAUCUGCAGUGGGAAGAAUGUACACCUGUGGACAUGAUGUUGGCUGAGAGUUCGAGAUACCGCUGUUGUUCGAUCAUCAAGUUCAAUGCUGCGACUGCUAGAUAG